AUGUUGCCUCUUAGUGCCUCCUUCGUGCAAAUCAAGUUUGAUGACAUCCACUUCUACGAGAACUGCGGCGGCGGCAGCUUCGGGAGUGUGUACCGAGCCAGGUGGAUCCCUCAGGACAAAGAGGUGGCGGUGAAAAAGCUGCUCAAGAUCGAAAAUGAGGCUGAAAUCCUCAGUGUACUGAGCCAUCGGAACAUCAUUCAGUUCUAUGGGGCGAUCCUUGAAGCACCCAACUAUGGAAUUGUCACUGAUUAUGCCAGUGGAGGGUCCCUGUAUGACUACCUGUCCAGUGCAGAGAGUGAGGAGAUGGACCAGGAACAGGUCAUGACUUGGGCCAUGGAGAUUGCCAAAGGCAUGCACUAUUUACACUCAGAGGCCCCGGUCAAGGUUAUCCACAGAGACCUGAAGUCCAGGAAUGUGGUUGUGACGGCAGACAAAGUUCUUAAGAUCUGUGAUUUUGGGGCGUCCCGGUUCCACUCCCACACCACACACAUGUCCCUGGUAGGCACGUUCCCCUGGAUGGCCCCGGAGGUCAUCCAGAGCCUGCCCGUGUCUGAGACCUGUGACACCUAUUCCUACGGCGUGGUUCUGUGGGAGAUGCUUACCCGGGAGAUUCCCUUUAAAGGCUUGGAGGGUUUACAAGUCGCCUGGCUGGUGGUGGAGAAGAGUGAGAGGUUAACCAUUCCCAGUCGCUGCCCAGACAGUUUCGCUGAGCUGAUGAGGAAGUGCUGGGUCACUGAUCCCAAGGAAAGACCAAUGUUCAAACUUAUCCUUACAACCUUGGAGUCCAUGUCCAAUGACAGCAAGCUUCCCGAGCAGUGCAACUCCUUCCUACACAACAAGGCAGAAUGGAGCUGUGAGAUCGAGGCCACACUCGAGAGACUGAAGAAGUUGGAGAGGGAUCUGAGCACCAAAGAGCAGGAACUGAAGGAGAGAGAACGUCGCCUGAAGAUGUGGGAGCGCAAGCUCAUCGAGCAGUCCAACACCCCGGCUCAGAUUAGCACUGAGUCGUUCUAUGAGUCUAAGAUGGAGGAGUCGAACAGUUCGGAGAUGACGUGUCAGAUCACAUCCUCCAGUAACGGGGAGGUGGAGGGGAUGAGUCUGCAGGCCAUGAUGAAGGGCUUUGGGGACAUGUUUGCCUUGGACAUGGGGGGCCCCGUCCUGCACUCUGGCAUGCAGGGCAACAUGCUGGCCAAGCAGAACUCUUCCAAGUCCAGCAGUGUCAGAGAGGGCCGCAAAAUCAACAUGGCCUUGGGGAUGUCAGACGACAGUGAUUAGAGCAACCUGAUUGGUAGCAUCCGUAACAUCUGUCAAUCAAUCACUUUGGCCUGUGUCUAAACUGUGGUCUUGCAGCAAGCUCCCAUGCAUAUUCCUUUUCACAUUACUGGUGUUAUGGACGCCAUCUUCGUACAUUAGAUCAUUCAUUACUAAUAGCUUUUUAUUCCUUGACUGUUUUUUUGUUGUUCGAACAAUCAAUUUUCUUUUGCACACGUUCUUUUGAAAAACAAUAAAGCAUAUCCAAAGAUACAAUACUUGUUGUAGCACAGAGAUGUUCUUCUCGCCGUAUGAACACAAUGUAUUAGAAACCUUCCUCCUACAUGGCUCACAUGGAUGUCAUUAAUGCCUAAUGUACUGGAUGUAUAGUGCCAUGCUGUAAAGAGUCAUGUGAGCAACUUGCAUUGAGGAGGCAAAGCUUUUAUGACAUUUUGCUGACAUUAAGAUUGGCCAAUUUGUUCUGAAUGUGGUGGAGUGCAGUUGCUCUGAUUGAGUCUCUCACCAGGACGAGAAAGUACAUGUUGUGUCCCUCAGCUGACCCUGACUCAUGUCAGGCAGGAGAGAGAGAAAAAGUUUCCUGAUAGCCAUGUUAAACUACAGACUUCCUGUGCCCUUUUUCUGUAUAUACACAGUGUUUGGAAUAUUUGGAUUUCAGGCCCGCAUACCAUGGCUUAUUGGUGUAAAGUGCACUACAGGGGUUUGUGUAGUCUCACUUUGUGUGCUGGUUGACAGCUGCAUGUUAUAGAUGCAUAUAAUCAGGAUGUUUGUGAGGAGUACCAUAGACCUUAGACUACAACACCUCGACAGGGGUAAGUUCUCCUAGACAAAAGGCAACUAUUAAGGACCUUUAUUCCACUAACUCUGUUAUUCAGUGGUAGGUUGGCCUUUCAUUCAAUUAUUUAGGAAGUAAUAACAGUAUUUCUUUGGAGAGAUGAUAUGAAAUACUCUUUAGAUGGCUUCUCUAAGCUAAUGAUUAUCUAUCACUAAACAUGUUUGCAUCUGCACCAACAGUUUUUACCACAGACCAAAGUGUGUUUAACAACCUUUUAACAACCCCCAAAGUGAGCCUGUUGAAGCUCACCUAACAAGUGCCAUCCCCAAAUGCCCUGUAAAGUCUGCUAUUUAUGGUCAUAUGGGACCUCAUCUCUUCUAAACAUAUCCAAUAUGGAGGAUAUUUCUGUCUGACUCUGGCCCUGCAGGUUUCACCUAUUUCUACUUAGUUGAUGUAUGUUUUUGUAUUCUGUUGUGUAGUUAUUAAACCUAGUCACUCCGAAACACAUCCAUUGACAUAGACAAUAACCAACCGAUACACUUCCUGAUGUGAAAGUCAACCACUUUGUAAGGUAUUUUCAGGACAUCGAAUACCCAGAGUUGCAAUAUGAUCUAUGCAAACUUCAGCACCUUGGAUUAGUCCAAUUCCUUGGAUUAUUCCGAUAGUGUCUCUUUAAUGGUGUACCAUAACUCUAUUAGACCGUUUUUAGCUUUUUGAUAUGAACAUAUUUUGCUGCAACCUCUACUGUUCCUUGUUUUUCA